AUGGUGGAAGCCAUGUCCGUGGAGGAGCAGCUGCUGAGGCAGGGCGGGGUCGCGAGCCAAUCCCACUCCGGCCCCUGGGAGGGUCGGUACGGCAGGUUCACACCCGUCCAGCUCCGGCUGACGGCCCAGGGCGACAUCGAGAUCAUCAGCAAGCCCUGCCCCCGGUACUGCCUGCCCUUCAUCCGGGCCCCUCCUGGCCAGAUCCGCGGCCUGGACGCGAUCGGGGCCAGCGCAGAGGGCAGGACACUGACCAUCUGGCACACACUCCCACCGCCGAAGCGGUCCGGCAGCCAGGCGAGGCGCAGGCGGCGCAGGCUCGCCCUCACACUGCAAGAUGAGCAGGGGUGCGUGGAUGCGGCCCUCGCCAUCCGGGCCGCUGUGUCUGCAGCCGCCCCCAGGCGGCUGCUGGUCGUCAUCAACCCCGUCAGCGGGCGCGGCAGGGGCCAGGCCCUCUUCAACAAGGAGGUCCAGCCCCUACUGGAGGCUGCCGGGAUCCAGGCCCGCGUGGUGUGCACGACUUCCAAGGGCCACGCCACCGAGCUGGUCACGGGGCAGCGGCCCGACCAGAUUGACGCCAUCGCUGUUGUCGGUGGUGACGGCACAGUGUUCGAGGUGCUGCAGGGCAUGCUGAACCGGCCUGACGGGGAAGCCGCGCGGCAGCUGCCCCUGGUCCAGAUCCCCGCUGGCUCCGGCAACGGCCUGGCCGCCUCCACAGGCCUGUGGGACGUGACGACUGCGGUGCACGCGCUGGUGAAGGGAUGCACGUCGCCCAUGGACGUGUCUUCGGUGCUGCAGCCCCCUGCACGCCGCGUCUUCUCCUUCCUCUCCCUGACCUACGGCAUGAUCCCCAACCUGGGGGGGUUCGUUGGAUGCCGGGCGGCCUGUGACGCUGGGCCCGCUGUGGCCCGGGUGGCCCUGCUGGAGGUGCGGGGCCAGGCCCUCUUCAACAAGGAGGUCCAGCCCCUACUGGAGGCUGCCGGGAUCCAGGCCCGCGUGGUGUGCACGAAUUCCAAGGGCCACGCCACCGAGCUGGUCACGGGGCAGCGGCCCGACCAGAUUGACGCCAUCGCUGUUGUUGGUGGUGACGGCACAGUGUUCGAGGUGCUGCAGGGCAUGCUGAACCGGCCUGACUGGGAAGCCGCGCGGCAGCUGCCCCUGGUCCAGAUCCCCGCUGGCUCCGGCAACGGCCUGGCCGCCUCCACAGGCCUGUGGGACGUGACGACUGCGGUGCACGCGCUGGUGAAGGGAUGCACGUCGCCCAUGGACGUGUCUUCGGUGCUGCAGCCCCCUGCACGCCGCGUCUUCUCCUUCCUCUCCCUGACCUACGGCAUGAUCCCCAACCUGGACAUCGGCACGGACCACUUACGCUGGAUGGGCAGCCCGCGCUUUGUGCUGGGCGCCAUCCACCAGAUCAUGAAGCAGGGCGCCUACCCCGCGCGAGUCUCCUUUGUGGAUGUGCGGCACGGCGUGGUCCAGGGGGCAGGGCACGUGGAGGAGGGGACAAACGGCGCGGGCCCCCCAAUGCGGCACAUCGGCGCCUUCCAGAGCCUGCCGGACGGCUCCAGUGGCAUUGCCUCCCUGGACCUGCCGGCCCCCUGGCAGCCCCUGCUGGCGGGGGAGGUCCAGUUCUUCGCGGCCUGCAACAUUCCCUGGCUGGACACCAAUUUUCACGUCGCGCCGGGCACGCUCCUGCACGACGGGCACCUCACGCUGCUGUACACGCUGGGGAGGAUGGGCAGGCUCAACGGCCUCCGCUUCAUGUCGGCGAUGGACAGCGGGCAGCACAUGGGUCGCCUCGCCCUCGAGCGGCCCAUCGCGUUUGUGCUGGAGCCGCGGGCGUCCGAUACGUGGAUCGUGGUAGAUGGGGAGGAAAUGGCGCACAGGCUGACCUUUGUGGAGGUCCACCCCAGCCUCUGCCGAGUCAUCGUCUACCCACGGGACCCUGAGGCAGGCGAAGAUGUGGAGGCCAGGGAGGACGGCGGCCACUCCCGGGGAAGGGCGAGCAAGGCGCACCGCCAGAGCUGA